CGAUGGCUGACUGACUUUGAGAGAAGUCGUGUAAGAUAAGAAGUGAGCGACUAAGAAAGAGAGAGAAUAUUCUCCCUAGGUAGCUUUCUUUUUGGUGUUUUCUUCUGAGUUUCGGUACUUUUUCUUGCAAGGGGACUCUAAUUUCUUGACUAAGAUCCAAGUUUUUCAGUUAAUUUUUUUUUUAAUUUAAAGGGGUGGAGAAAUUUGAAAAAUUUUCUGAGAAAAUUCUCAAGGUUAUAUUUUGCCAAGGAGCCUUUGUUUUUUAUAUUUUUUGGUAGGUUCUGGUUCGAGCUUCUCACUUAGUUUCUUCUAGUUUAGAUAGUCUGGGACAAACCCAGCAGUUACUUUGUGUUUAAAAAUGAUUUCUCAAGAUGGUCUUUCGGUUCCUUCUACAAUUAAAGCCUUUGUUCAAGAACCCAACUCAAACCCUAACCCUAAUCCUAAUACAAGUCAGUUGAAGAGGAAGAGAAAUUUACCGGGAAAUCCAGAUCCAGAUGCAGAAGUUGUAGCUUUAUCUCCAAAGUCUCUCAUGGCCACCAACCGAUUCAUCUGUGAAAUUUGCAACAAGGGUUUCCAAAGAGACCAGAACUUGCAGCUUCAUCGAAGAGGCCACAAUCUUCCAUGGAAGCUAAAGCAAAGAACAAAUAAAGAAGUUAAAAAGAAGGUGUAUCUUUGCCCAGAAAAGACCUGCGUACACCAUGACCCAUCAAGAGCCCUAGGUGACCUUACAGGAAUAAAGAAACACUAUAGCAGAAAACAUGGAGAAAAGAAGUGGAAGUGCGAGAAAUGUUCAAAGAAGUAUGCAGUUCAGUCAGAUUGGAAAGCUCAUAGUAAGAUCUGUGGCACGAGAGAGUACAGAUGUGACUGUGGCACACUCUUUUCCAGGAAGGACAGCUUUAUCACCCACAGAGCUUUUUGUGAUGCUUUAGCUGAAGAAAGUGCGAGGUUCACUCCCAUUUCGUCUACCAAUCCAAAUUUUAGAAUCGACUUCGGAACAAGCAAUAAUCCUCAACUUCCUCAAUUUUCAUCUGUUUUUAGGCCGCAGUCUGCAGGACCGCAGCUCGUUGGCAAUCUCGGUGUAGAUGGCCAAAAGCCGAGGCGACCGCUAUGGCUAGACCAAGCCAAUUCUCAACUCAAGCCAACUGGGAAUAUCGCUAGUAAUUCUAAUUCUAUUUUGACACCAAACUCUUCAAGCUUGCCCGAGUUGGCACAAAUGACACCGUUGAGUAUGUACCCCUUGUCCCAAAUGCAGUGGUUCAACAAGUACCCUGAAGCAUCAUUUGCAGGAGCCAAUCUCUCUAUAUCAUCAGCAUUGCCUCGGGGACCCAAAGAGGAAGAGGAAUUCAAGGGUUCAUAUAACUUGUCUGAGUACAUUUCGCCUUUGUAUCCGAAUAACCAGAGUCACCAACAAGCCCCAGCUCACAUGUCAGCCACUGCGCUCUUGCAAAAAGCGGCACAAAUGGGAUCUACGAGAAGCAACCCGGCGAUGAGCAGUAGCACUGGGUUUGGGUUAAUGAGUUCUUUGUCUUCUUAUGACCAGGACAAGAAUAAUGAAGUCAACAAGUUUUUAAAGCAACCGAAUCAAUCUGUUCAGAACUUGAACGAGUUAAUGAAUUCUUUAUCUUCUUCCGCCAUUGGAGUCGCUGGGGCGUCCUCGGGAGAUCUAAAUUCAAGCACUUUAAUGAUUAACACCAAGAACAAUAUAGAUCAUCUGUUAAUGCCAACAAAUGGAAGGCAAAGUCAAACAAUUCCAACUGAAACUCUGAAUGGAGGUAAUUCAAAUGAAGCUGAAAGAAGUUUAACAAGAGAUUUUCUGGGUGUAGGAGGCCAUCAUGACCAGAUCAGCAGGCCAUUCUCUCAGCUAGAGCUCGCAAAGUUCAUGGAUUUGAGCCAGUACAGUGCACAUCAGUGAAGUGAUCAAAGAAUCCCCAACCUAACAAGGUUAAGUUAGUAGUAGCACAUACACUAAAAGACAGUCUUAAGAGAAGUAGAGAGAACUGAAUUAGCUAGGACAAUGAUGAAAGCCUUUUCGAGAAGGUGCAGUUGCAGUCAGUGAAAGCAAGCGAGUCAACUCAGGGAAAACAGAGAGAGAAAGGUCUUGUGAGCUGUGAGGAAGGGCUAAAGGGGGCCAGUGCACGGUGAAAGAGAGUUAGCAGAAGGAGACAUGGCAAUCAGAAGGGAGUGGGUCCUAGCCUAGCCAUGCAUGUAGCUGCAAUUUUUUUAUUUUACUUUUAAAUUUAUUUAACGUUUUUAUGAAUCUAUGGUGGUGACCAGUUGUUGUCUUGUCUCUCUUGCUUUUUCACACGCUGUGACUGGCGGCUGUGGAUGAGUGGGACCGGCAGUGACCAUUUCAAGUUUCAAAUAAAAAAGGGCAUCAUGUACCCUUCAACUA